AUGUCGGCGGUGCUGCGCAGGGGCGCUGCGCGGGCCUCGCGGCGCCCGGUGGCGGUCAUUUGGCUCCUGCUGGUGGUGUGCGUCGCGGCUCUGGCGCUCAUGCACGGCCGCCUGGCCAGCCUGCUGCACGAGAGGGAUCCGUUCGCGGCUCGGUGCGUGCCGGGGCCGGCUGCGAGCGGCUCCGGCGCGGUCGACGCGGAGGACGGAUGCGCGUACAGCAUGUACGCGACGACGAGCGCGCACCUGUGCGGCGCGCUGCUGACGUUUCGGCGGUUGAAGCAACUUGGCGCAUCCAGCGCGGCGGCGAACGUGGUGCUGACGACCGCAUACACCGACAACGACCCCCUGCGCGACGCCCUGCGCCGGGAGGGAGCGCGCGUCAUCCAGGUGCGCGAGCUGGAGACGCACGCCGACGACACGUUCUCGAAGGGCGCCACGAAGCUGCACGCGUUCAACAUGACGCAGUACCGCCGCGUGGUGUUCCUCGACGGGGACGGCCUCGUGAUGCGGCCGCUGCGGCACCUCUGCGCGCUCGGGCCGGAGGUCCCCGCGGCGUUCGCGACCGCGUAUUGGGGCCCCGCCGACGAGCCGGCCAAGCUGUCCGGGGCGCUCUUCUCGGUGGCGCCCGACUCAGGGCGGUUCGAGCGGCUGCUGGCCGCCGUGCGCGCGGCGGGGCACGAGAGCGAGAUGGACCUGCUGCAGCGGGAGUUCGGGCCGCAGGCGGCGCUGCUCCCGGCCUCGCACUGCCUGCUGACGGGCACGGUGCGCGCCGCCGACGUGGGGGGGUAUUACGGGGGCAGUCGCGGCCGCGCGGGGGAGGGCGAGGGGCGCCGCGGGGCGGGGCUGGAUCCGCGCGAGGUGGUGCGGGGCGCGUAUUACGUCCACUUCUCGGACUGGCCCCUUCGGAAGCCCUUCCAACUGCGCGGGGUGGCGGACGUCGUGGAGUGGCUCGAGGGGAAGGAGGGGGGGCGCGGGGACCCGAAGGAGGCGUGGAACAAGGCGUGGCUGGGGCUGUACGAGACGUACCUGGCCGAGAUGCAGGCGUGCCGGGACGCAGCGGGGUGA